GAGGAGGAGAAGGCAGGCAGUGUGUUCAGCUCCUAAUCGUUUUUCAUAGGGUAUCUAUCAUCGACUGCAGAAGAGGAGAGGAGUGAGAAGGGGAGGGGACGGUUGGGUAUCUCCAGUUACACUCAUAUCCUCUGCUAGAGGACCUGUCAGACUUUCCAGAGACAUUCUGCCGCCAAGCAAAGAAGCCAGCAAACAUGGAGCCCCUCUCGACUCCCUGCAAUAUUCAGAUCUGCGAAGUGACCUGUGACUCCUUCCGCAUCAUGUGGGACAUGAGUCCCGAGGACACGGCGAGGGCCACGCACUUCUUCAUCGACCUGAGCCGCAAGGAGAGCAGGGAUCACAACCGCUUCAAACACAGGGACGUGCCAACUAAGCUGGUGGCCAAGGCGGUGCCCCUGCCCAUGGCAGUGAGGGGUCACUGGUUCCUGAGCCCUCGGACUGAGUACUGCGUAGCGGUCCAGACCGCGGUGAGGCAGCCAGACGGGGACUACCUUGUGUCGGAGUGGAGCCAGGUGGUGGAGUUCUGCACUGGAGAUUACGCCAUGGACCAUCUCCAGCAGCUCCUGGAGAAGGCCAAGGGUUCCGCUGGAAGACUCCUGAAGUUCUCGGUGUUCUAUCGGAACCAGCACCCUGAAUACUUCCAACAUGUUAGGACGGAGUGUGGGGGAGUGAUGCAACCAGCCCUGAAGGACAACAGCGGCAGCCACGGCUCUCCCAUCAACGGCAAACUCCAGGGAGUCUUCCUCAGCUGCAACACCGAGUUCGACACGGGCCUCCCCCCCAGCGACUCCCCCUACGGCCCCCUGCGCUUCCAGAUGUCCGCUGGACACCUGCUCAACCCCAACACCUGUCUCUACUUUGCAGACUUCUACUGUAUGUACACGGCCUACCACUACGUGGUGUUAGUGCUGGCCCCUGCUGGCUCGGAGGGGGAUCGCUUCUGCCGCGGCUGCCUGCCCCUGCUGGACCUGUCGGGAAACCCCUUCCUCACGUACACGCCGCCUCAGCGGCCGGGGGAGGAGCCUGUCUUCUGCCACGCCAGCGAUGUCAUCCUGGAGGUGCUGUUCACCGAGCCCCUCCACCUGGAGCAGGGCGCGGUGGGGCAGAUCAGCGGGCGCCACCAGCUCAUGAGCCUGACCACAGCCAACGCCAAGAAGGACCCCAGCUGCAAGGUGUGCAACAUCAGCGUGGGUCGCUGAGCGGGGGGAGAGGGGCGGUGGAGGUUGUGGAGCCAGGAGGGGUGACGACGACCAGCCCUGGAUGGUUCUCUCUCCCAGUGGUUCUCUCUGCAGAGGAACCGCAGGGACGUUUGCCGCGGAGCUAUGGAACCCAUCCUAUGUAGAGCACAGUCACGUAUCUGGGGCAGCCCUCAUCAUGGGGACUUACGCAUGCUGUUCCCCCCCCCCCUUCCCCCACCAUCUCUCUGUUCUAGAACUCUGAAUAGUCAUGUAUCAUAGCAACACAUCUGGGUAUGGAGCUGGAAGGCUGGUGGGCAGGGAGGGAUGAAAUGGCUGGGGAUGGGGCCAGAGCGUUCAGGGCAUUUCAUGUACUGGUGACAACCAUAUUGUACACAUGCCAUUAUUUAAGUCAAGUAACAUUGUGUCUGUACAUAUCUGUGUUCUCCCAGUGGUUUGAGAUGAAUGCUUAAUACUUAACAAAUGUUCCCAGCUGCAAGUCUAAAUAGAUUUAUCUGGGGACUCCUAGUUACAUCAAUUGUUUCUUUACAUAAA